CGCAACUAAGAAACAGGAAGGGACUCAUCGUUUAGUAAGCCAUCUCCCAUGCGCUGAAUGUGCCUUUCCUUUGAGUUUAGCCGUGUCUGACCAUCAUAUAGCAAAGAAACAUCAUACAGAUUGGUCGUGCAAAAAAAGUAACAAAUAUAUAUCAGGAAUCAAAAUUUAACAGAGCAGUGAACAGUCACGUUUGAAAUUUAUCAGCAAUAUGAAACGAGAAGACCAAAUCGAGCCGUUACUACAUAAUAACGGCGAACAGAAGCAAAAUUUUGGAAGCAUAAACGAGCAUCGUGGAAACGGCUGCGAAAACAGAAAUACGAAAAACGCUAAAAAACACGAGAACAUGCCAACACAAACACGCACAGUAUCUCAGGUCUAUGGGACUUGGGUCAGGCCUUUGAUCGCCGAGUACUUCGGGCAACUUAUAUUUGCGUUCAUUCACUGCUCAACAGUAAACACAAUGAAGGCAACGGCGCUUUCGGCAGAUUCUCCAAUCCCUUUACUCCCUGCUAUCAGUGAUGGUUUCGUGGUGGCCAUUCUGGUAAUAACUAUCGGACACAUAAGUGGAGCACAUGUCAAUUUCGCUGUCACUACAGCUGUAUUUAUAGGAGGCGGCAUCAAACUACCGAUGGUACCUCUCUACUUUAUCGCACAAAUGCUUGGCUCCCUAACCGGGGCCGCACUUGCUUAUAUUUGCAAUGGAAGCGUGUCCUUCGGCGAGUUCGGGCUUGGCGCGGGGGUUACUGUUGGUCAAGGAGUUCUAAUGGAAGUAGUCCUCAGUGCUCUGCUAACCUUGGCUGUCUUGCUUGCCGCAGUCGAGCUAAGCUCCGUAAACGCCGCUUUCGCUAUCGGGUUUUCGAUCCUUAUUGACAUUUUGGCGGGAUUCAACAUAUCCGGAGCUUGCAUGAACCCGACUCUGAGUUUUGGUCCAGCCGUUGUAUCAGGCAAGUGGACAAACUAUUGGAUUUAUUGGGUUGGUCCUAUUCUUGGCGCUUUCGUUUCUGGGACUGUUUUCAGGCUUUUCCUUGGGACAGAGGCUCGUUUACUUUUUAGACCCGACGGCGGCGACGAAAAUUCAGAAACUCAAAUGGAAAAGUCGUCGACAACGGUUGAUACAGUGGCAAAAUCAAGCAUGUGAUUUAGUGCCGCGUAUUUCUCAAAAACUUUCUUGUUUAUAAUUCUGUAAAUUUUGUGAAUUCUAUAUUUUGCAUCAUUGGUGUCAAUAACCAUUUCGUCCAUGCAAAAUAUUCUAAUGUUUUUUUUCUACGUCAGUACAUCUUACUCUGGCUUUGGCUUUGUGACAUGACAGUUUCUUUAUACGUUUUUUUAUCAGGAAAACAACUGGCCAACUUUAUAUGUUUAAAGUGUCUUGAAUUAAGUUAUUUUAUUUGCUUUUCCUUGCAUUAAGCUUCUGGGUUAUUGUUUAAGAACUAAGAAAAGGAAUCAGCUGUUGUGCCCUGACGUUGUUGCUAUUUGAAUUAACCGAAUAAAGUUAUUUGCUCUCGUUAAAA